CGGCGUAGCGGGUGUGUGUUGGUGAGCAGAGAGGGCGCUGAGCAGCUGAGGCGGUGCUUGACAGGAGGGAUCCAUUCCUCACUCAGUCUCUGCUCGGCACUAGUUCACCGCUUCCACUCCGCCGACCUGCUGCCGACAUUUAAAGUUAACGGCCACUUUGCUUCCCGUCUGACAGCAGGAUUUCGGACCGGCUGUUCUGCUGCACCGCGACGGUUCCCCACAGACAAACAGCCGAGAGCCAACUGAGAGGCAGGCAGUUAGUGCAGAAGCAGGCACCAUGUCCACCCCCACAAACCCAGAGGUGAAGGAACUGAACCCUGUCGACUUUAUCCAGCUACAACAGUACAUUGAAUACUGCAGCCUGAAGGUGAAAGACGUACUGAUGGAAUUUGAUGCAGAUGGCAGUCUGGCCCAGCACAGACAUGGAGAGUGCAUCAAUGAAGAAGGCUUUCGUCUGUUCCUGAAGACAUAUUUAGAAGAGGAGGACUUCCCUGUGGAUCUCUGCCAGCGACUCUUCCGCUCCUUCCAAAACUCUGAACCCACCCAGGAAGACAGUACCAAGGAGGUCUUCCUGAAGGAUGUUUCAUGUUACUUCUCUCUCCUGGAGGAUGGCCAGCCCCGGGACAAGUUAGAGUUUGCUUUCAGGCUCUACGACAGAGAUGGCAAUGGAGUCCUUGACAGCUCUGAAGUGGAUCGAAUUAUUGCUCAGAUGAUGCAUGCUGCAGAAUAUCUUGACUGGGAUGUGUCAGAGCUCAAGCCUGUUCUGAAGGACAUGAUGACAGCAAUUGAUGCUGACAGCAGCGGUACAGUGUCUCUGGAAGAGUGGGUCGAGGGAGGCAUGAACAACGUUCCCUUGCUGGUCUUGCUGGGUCUAAAGAUGACUCAGAAGGACGGGCAGCACCUUUGGCGGAUGAAACACUUUAACAAGCCUGUUUACUGCAACGUGUGUCAGAGCAUGCUGCUGGGUUUGAGGAAGCAGGGGCUGUGCUGCACCUGCUGCAAGUACACAGUCCAUGGACGCUGUGCUAACAGGAACCCGGCCCCUUGCACCAGGACAUAUGUGAAGUCAAAGAAAGAAACAGGGGUCCCAGCACACGACUGGGUGAGUGGGAACUGUGACUCUAGGAAGUGUGACAAAUGCCAGAAGAAGAUCAAGAGCUUCCAAGGCUUAACAGGGAAACACUGUGUGUGGUGCCACACUAUGCGUCAUGAUGAAUGUGCAAAUCAAGAGCCAACAGAAUGUACCUGUGGGCCCCUCAGAGACCAUAUCCUGCCACCGUGGGCAAUAUAUCCUGUUAUAAAGGAGAGACCGAAUAAUGUAAAAAAUGGGUGCUCAGCAGAUGACAGUGAGCUCAAUACUACUCCUGAUGGACAAGUGCUUCAGAUUGCCCCUGUGCCAAACACCCAUCCUCUUCUAGUGUUUGUCAACCCUAAAAGUGGUGGCAAGCAGGGAGAAAGAGUCCUGCGUAAGUUUCAGUAUUUACUGAAUCCACGGCAGGUGUACAACCUUUCAAAUGGUGGCCCUGGACCAGGACUGAGUUUCUUCAGAAAUCUGCAAGACUACAGAAUCUUGGUGUGUGGUGGAGACGGCACAGUUGGAUGGAUUCUAGAUGCAAUAGACAAAGCCAAUCUGCUGGUACGGCCACCUGUUGCUGUGCUUCCUCUGGGCACCGGAAAUGACCUCGCACGAUGUCUGCGUUGGGGAGGAGGAUACGAUGGUGAAGAUCUGAGUCGCAUUCUUAAAGACAUUGAGGGCAGCUCUCAGGUGUUGAUGGACCGCUGGAGUGUGCAGGUUAUCACAGAUGAGAAUCAGGAGAAAGGUGACCCAGUGCCAUAUGAAAUCAUCAACAACUACUUCUCUAUUGGAGUUGAUGCCUCCAUUGCCCACCGGUUUCACACAAUGAGAGAGAAACAUCCCCAGAAAUUCAACAGCAGAAUGAAGAACAAGCUGUGGUAUUUUGAAUUUGCCACUUCAGAAACCAUCUCUGCUUCCUGCAAGAAACUUAGCGAAAGCUUAACGAUCGAGUGCUGUGGUACCGCACUUGAGCUCAGUGGCGUGUCUCUUGAGGGAGUUGCUGUCCUGAACAUUCCCAGCAUGCACGGUGGCUCCAACCUAUGGGGUGAGACCAAAAAAGUGGACACUAAGGGACUGACGAGUCAGGAAGAGCCUGAGGUCAUCAUCAACCCAGAAAUCCUGAAAGUGACUUCCCAAGAUCUCAGUGACCGUCGAUUAGAGGUUGUCGGCCUUGAAGGAGCCAUGGAGAUGGGACAGAUUUACACGGGCCUCAAGAGCGCCGUGCGGCUCGCUAAAACUUCACAAAUCACAAUAAGGACAAAGAAAGCAUUACCAAUGCAGAUAGAUGGGGAGCCGUGGAUGCAGCCGCCCUGCACGAUUCACAUCACACACAAGAAUCAAGCCAGUAUGUUGAUGGCUCCUCAGGCUAAAUCAUCUGGUUUUUUCAACUACAAAUAAAACCGACUGACUAAAUGCACGUCUUUGCUGUAUAUAGAGGACUGACACUUUUUAAAAAAAAUAAAAAUCAAUUUGAAUGUGUAUGUUGUAUAAUAAUCACAUUGUAACAGUCGAAGUAAGCGUAACUGUCUCUGCAUCUCUGUAACACAUAACCGAAGCAUGGCGUGAUACCAGUACAAACUUUAUGGUAGGAUAUAUUUGCAUUGUGGCAAAAUUAUUUUGACCAAACUUUCUUUAGUGUUUUUAAUCAAUACUCAACACUCUCGCUAUGUCAGUGCUUCUUAGUGGAAGUGCAGCUCUGUAGGAACUUAAAGUAAGGUUAAAAUAAACUUAAUAUCAUUCUAGCAGAAGAAUAUUCAGCUUAAUGUGCCUUUACAGUCUGUUUUCUAUGGUUAUGGCUUAGGUAGAAGACAUACAGAGCGCUGUGUACACAUGCACUUUGAGCAUAGACCAUGUAGUAUUGCUGUUUUUUCUUUUCUUUUGUGGCUGUGAAGAUGCUCUGAAAGCCAGAUGUAAAUGUUUUAUGUGAAUUUAGAACCAGAAGUGAAGGAAAGACAAGACUACGUUUCAGACAGACGUUAUGUUUCUUUUUUCAUUCGUUUCAAAAGAUACUUGAAGGUGUUUCGGGGAACAGUUAAGGGACAAUUAUUGCCAUUAGGGCUGCAGCUGUCGGCCUGCUGUUUCUAUGCGUGUGUGUGUGUGUGUGUGUGUGUGUGUGUGUGUGUGUGUGUGUGUGUGUGUGUGUGUGUGUGUGUGUCUGUGUCUGUGGGCAGAAGACGUAUUUGCUGAGAGCAGAAGGCUGAGAUAUGUUCAUUUCUGAGCUAUAAUUUGCUAGUCUGUGAUGAGUUGGAUUUGAUGUCGUCUGUUCAGACUAGUUUAAUAAUGUAUGUAGUCUUUAUUUAAAUGCUCUAUCAGUCAUAUCAUUUCAAUAUACCUGGAGGAUGUUAAUGUAAUAUGUCUGAAAUUACUCACGAUUUUAAUAAAUCACCUGGGCUUCA